GUAUUGACGUUUCCAGGAUUUUGAUUGUUUACAUCUAGAAUUUUCUCCAAAAGUUAUAAGACAAUCUUCGUCGUACUUUCUACUGACAGCAUAAUUUUUUAUAGCAACAUAGUACAACAGUAAUUUUUAAAGAUGUUUGGCAGGUCAAUGUUUCGUGACAUGGAACAGGAUCCAUUUUUUUCUGGAUUUAAUGACCAUAUGAGACAGACUGAUGAACUGUUCCGUGAUCCUUUCCGUGGGAUGGGGAUGGGUAUGUUAGAGGAUGGACGAGGACAGGACAGAGGGAAUAGGGGUGGGAGGAACAGGGAACCAGGAAAUGAGCUCAGUCCAUUUGGAGGUCCCGGGUUCAGCUUUGGAAAUAUGUUUGGAAAUAUGGACAGCAUGAUAAAGGACAUGGAUAGAGCUUUUGCUCAUGCCAGUCAGAGUGGAAAUGGUCAGUCUUUCCAGCAGUCCUCGUUUAUGUCUUAUCAGAAGUCUGGAGAUGGUGCUCCAAAAGUUUACCAAGCUUCUACGGCUAACAGAUCUGGACCUGGAGGGGUGCGUGAAACAAAGAAGGCGUUAAGAGACUCUGAGAGAGAGCUGGAGAAAAUGUCCAUUGGCCACCACAUAUAUGACAAAGGACACGAAAUUGAGAAAAAUCGUAACACACGUUCAGGGCAGAUUGAAGAAAUGCAGAACUAUCACAAUAUUGAGGAGAAGGAUGCAGAAACGUUCAAUAGAGAAUGGGAAGAAAAGACGAGAACAGCAUUUCGGGGUAUGGACUAUGGAGAAAGGGGCCGUAGAAGGGAGCUGAGAGAUGACUACCGGGAGAGACCAGCUGGGCGUAGAGGUGAAAGACGAGAGUUGAGAGAUAGACACAGACAUGAUGACAGACGUCGUGACAAGCACCUGGCCUUGCCAGCACCAGAGUCUGAACACUGGGGACGAACAGCAGAGGGCCACAGGAGGGAUAGAAGCUAAAUGAGUCAAAAGAUGAAAUUUAUGAAGCAGCAAAGACAUUGAUCUUAACAUUGUGAUAUUGUUUCUGGACAUUAUGAUUGAUCCUAGAUAUAUAUUUUGUCAUUGAUUUUGGACAAGAAUAUUAAUGUUGAUUUAUAUGUAGAAUUUUGCUUGUGUGAUAUGUAAAUAGAUUAUUUUUUUGUUAUUUUUACGGUCACUUAGUGAUAUCAUUGGUCAUAAUAAUGAUGUAGCAUGUAGAUAAAUUUAAGAAAAGCAUCGUUUUGUUGUAUCGGAUAUGGUAGCUACAGUUAUCGCAUGUUGUUUUAUACCAUGUUUAUAUUUCAGUUACCAAUGUUGAUUUUUUUAUCAAAGUUUCAUAAUAUGAGCCGUGCCAUGAGAAAACCAACAUAGUGUGUUUGCGACCAGCAUGGAUCCAGACCAGCCUGCGCAUCCGCGCAGUCUGGUCAGGAUCCAUGCUGUUCGCUUUUAAAGCCUACUGCAAUUAGAGAAACCGUUAACAAACAGUAUGGAUUCUGACCAGACUGCGCGGAUGCGCAGGCUGGUCUGGAUCCAUGCUGGUCGCAAAGCCACUAUGUUGGUUUUCCCAUGGCACGGCUCAUAUUAUGGAGUGAUAAAGGGUGUAAGCAAAUACAGGUUAUAUCAACAUAUUUUACAAGUUUGUUUGGCAGGAUAAACGUCAUCAUCAAGCAUAGAAAGCAAGAUACCUUGACUUUAUCAUAACCAGUGUUUUGGCUGGAGGUGGCAUUAGCUUACUGUAAAAGCAUAUAUUUUCGCUGGAACAAAAUUUAGCAAAUUUGAAAUAUUUAAUAGUAUGUUAGUGAGGUUUUAUAUUUGCGGGAUUGUAAAAUUGUUGUCCCACUUGUUUGGAUUGCGUUCUUAAAAGUUACACAUCGUGAAGCUAUACCUAUAGACUGUAUGUUUUAAAUAGCUUCUGUAAAGAUAGGUCACUACCUGUAUGUUUUAACAGCUCUAAUUACCUGUGAACUUUGACGACUCUGUACCUGUAACAAGCACGGCUUUACAUGUAAUCGAUAUUCAGGGUCAAAGAUGUCAAUAUUUGUUUAUUUAAACAGAAUGCUAACAUAAAAGUUAUUAUAUUAGUUUUAAAUUAAACAUUUGAGCCGUGCCAUGGGAAAACCAACAUAGUGGCUUUGCGACCAGCAUGGAUCCAGACCAGCCUGUGCAUCCGCGCAGUCUGGUCAGGAUCCAUGCUGUUUGCUAACAGUUUCUCCAAUCCCAAUAGGCUUUAAAAGCGAACAGCAAGGAUCCUGACCAGACUGCGCGGAUGCGCAGGCUGGUCUGGAUCCAUGCUGGCCGCAAAGCCACUGUGUUGGUUUUCUCAUGGCACGGCCCAUUUCUUUUCUUAGAAUUAUACUAUCAAACAGUUGUUAGGGAAUCACAAAUCUUUAAUGAAUUUUUGUAAUAAUGGCUUUUUCGAUUUGAUAUGCUGGGACAGGUUUGUGAAAUGUUGAUGUUUUCUUGGCUUGCAUAAUAAUAAUUAAUAUUCAUAUGAGAAUUAAUGUUUGCAAGGUGAGGGGCCUUGCGAAUAUAGCAAAAUGAAAGCCUUGUGAAAAUUUCUGUUUUUACAGUAGUUGAUUAUGACGGUGAAGUACAUGUAGUGUCAAGGUUCAAGAAUACGCAAGAAUGCUAAAUAUAGCAGUCAGCUUUGUAGAAUUUUGAAAUUUGAUUCUAGAUAAAUCUGCAUAGCAUACUAUAUUUUCUUACUUCUGUUAGAGAUCUAAUACAGGAUUUUUUUACUAGUAUUUAUUUUCAACAAUGGAUUUUUAGCUCACCUGUCACAAAGUGACAAGGUGAGCUUUUGUGAUCAUGCGGCGUCCGUCGUCCGUGCGUCCGAAAAUUCAUGAAAAUUAGUCAGAACAUUCAACUUGAUGAUAUCUAGGUCAAAUUCCAAACUGGGUCACGUGUCCUCAAAAACUAGGUCAGUAGGUCAAAUAAUAGAAAAACCUUGUGACCUCUCUAAAGGCCAUAUUUUUCAUGGGAUCUGUAUGAAAAUUGGUCUGAAUGUUCAUCUUGAUGAUAUCUAGGUCAAGUUUGAAACAGGGUCAUGUGCGGUCAAAAACUAGGUCAGUAGGUCUAAAAUAGAAAAACCUUGUGAACUCUCUAGAGGCCAUACUUGUGAAUGGAUCUCCAUAAAAAUUGGUCAGAAUGUUCAUCUUGAUGAUAUCUAGGUCAAGUUCGAAAGUGGGUCACGUGCCUUCAAAAAGUAGGUCAGUAGGUCAGAUAAUAAACAAAACCUUGUGACCUCUCUAGAGGCCAUACUUUUCAUGGGAUCUGUAUGAAAGUUAGUCUGAAUGUUCAUCUUGAUGAUAUAUAGGUCAAGUUUGAAACUGGGUCAAAUGCGAUCAAAAACUAGGUCAGUAGGUCUUGAAAUAUAAAAACCUUGUGACCUCUCUAGAGGCCAUACCCUUGAAUGGAUCUUCAUGAAAAUUCGUCAGAAUGUUCACCUUGAUGAUAUCUAGAUCAAAUUUGAAACUGGACCACGUGCCUUAAAAAACUAGGUCAGUAGGUCAAAUAAUAAACAAAACCUUGUGACCUCUCUAGAGGCCAUACUUUUCAUGGGAUCUGUAUGAAAGUUGGUCUGAAUGUUCAUCUUGAUGAUAUCUAGGUCAAGUUUGAAACUGUGUCAACUGCGGUCAAAAACUAGGUCAGUAGGUCUAAAAUUAGAAAAAUCUUUUGACCACUCUAGAGGCCAUAUUUUUCAAUGGAUCUUCAUGAAAAUGAUCUGAAUGUUCACCUUGGUGAUAUCUAGGUCAGUUUCGAAACUGGGUCACGUGCGGUCAAAAACUAGGCCAGUAGGUAUAAAAAUAGAAAAACCUUGUGACCUCUCUAGAGGCCAUAUUUUUCAUGAGAUCUUCAUGAAAAUUAGUGAGAAUGUUCACCCUGAUGAUAUCUAGGUAAAGUUCAAAACAGGGCCACGUACCUUCGAAAACUAGGUCACUGUGUCAGAUAAUAGAAAAACCUUGUGACCUCUCUAGAGACCAUAUUUUUCAAUGGAUCUUCAUGAAAAUUGGUCAGAAUUUUUAUCUUGAUAAUAUCUAGGUCAAGUUCAAAACUGGGUCACAUGAGCUCAAAAACUAGGUCACUAUGUCAGAUAAUAGAAAAAACGACGUCAUACUCAAAACUGGGUCAUGUGGGAAGAGGUGAGCGAUUCAGGACCAUCAUGGUCCUCUUGUGGUUUUUUUUUUUUUUUUUUUUUUUUUUUUUUAUAAAUUAAUUUGAUGGGCUUCAGGAUUGAAAUAAAACACUUGUACAUUUACUGCAUACAGUUAUGUAGUCACUUUCACAGGAAUGUCAACCAGUGUACUUAUGCAUAAUAAGUUUGCUCUUAAUGGAAAAGUACAAUAUGUAGGACAGGAAUAGUUUAAUAAAACAUGCAUAAUAUAUUCUUUUAUCAUGUUUAAAUCAAAAUUUACAAUGAGCUUUAAAGACAUUAAACUUUCCACUUUUCAUUCAAUCACUGAUGCAUGUUUUGUUAUACUAUCUAUAUUAAGACAUUUUUUAGCCCUUAGGUAGCUGAUUAUAAUCCACCAGUGCUUUUCUCUUCCGUCCAAAAAAUCUGCAAAUAUUAGUCCUCCACGAAUAUUGAUAAAAAAAGUACUUGUUGCAGUGGCUAGGUCAGUAACAAGGCACUUCAGUCUUUUACAAAAAUAUUCAGUUUGAUAUGCAGUCAAAUUUUUUUUACUAUUUACUACUAAAUUAUGCUAGACAGAUUUUUAUUACAUCAUACAAGCCAUACAGACUUUUAUCAUUGAAAACAAUCUUUCAUCUUUUUAGAGUUAUAUUAGAUAUAUAGCCAGAACUGAAAAUAUAUUGUAGACAAUAAUUGCGCAUAAAGAUUACAAGAUUUUAUCCAAAAAAAAAUUUUAAGUUUGAUUGAUUUUGUGUUGGUUUGCAGUGUUUAGUUGUAGUACAUAUUCAUUUUAUAUCAUUUAGGGUGCAUUUAUUUUGACAUUUGCAUAUCAUCUGGGUUAGUGGAGUCUUAACAGAAAUAGAAAAGAAAAAAAUCCUACAACAAAAAUAAAUAAAACUAUGCCAUAUAUUUAAUGAUUUGCAGAUCAAGAUGGUUGAAAUGCCUGAAUUCGUCUUGGCCAUUGUUCAUCUACAUUUGAAGUGCAAAAAAAAUAAUAAGAAAAACUCUGUUUGUCUUGUAGUUAUAUUGGUAGCGCCCGAUACCGACAUUUAGGCAGGGUAAAUCUUCAAUUUAGCAGUGUAGUGGCAUUAUUACCGGUAACAAGCAUACUGCAUAGCAUUGUAAACAGUGUUUUUUUUUUAGUAAAAAGUGUUAAUGAAUAGUGGCCAAGAUAGUGUUCUUACAGAGUCAUAUUCAGGACUCAACAAAUCCACUCAUCUAUGAGCAAGAGAAACUUGCUAUAGUACUCUUCCUGCAAAACAAGUUCGUUAAAUUUUGCUUUCAAAAACUUGCUGAGCUCUGGAAUUUCAAACCAAGCUUUUGACAGACAGUUAUAAAUUAAUGGCCGAUUUGUAAUAAUAUGUAGAUUGUUUUGUUUUUACUAAUACUAAAGACAAUAAACAUUCCAUCUUAUUAUUCAA